UAACACCCGGCUCUCGAUUGCACACGACUGAUUACGCCCAAAGAGCUUUCUUCGGAUGUCAGUCUGCUUAAUCGAGUGUUGGUUUAUCGAUCGACCCACUGACUUACAUCAGAGGAAAGAAUUCAAAGCCUUCAAACUGAUGAGACGACAGGCCACACUUUGCCUUUUGCUACAGCUCAUUUUUGAGCUCUCGUCAUGCAUACAUCUGAGGGUGAUACCAGGUGCUUCUCUGGAGCUGCCCUGUCUGUCAUUCCAAAGUGACUUCGCUGGAGCAGAUAUCACCUGGAAAUUCAAUGGCAAAGAUCUUAGCUCCAGUGGUCAGUCAUCUGGCUUUGCUACAGUUAAAAAGAAUGGCUUGUACCUCUCCAUAUCUCCUGUUGCUGCUGCUCAUGAGGGUGGUUAUGAGUGUUUGGUAAAGGACAACAAUAUAGAGAUGAUUCGAACUUACAACAUCACAGUUGAUGCAUCAAUUGGCUACACCAUUAAGGUAACUGAAGGCUUCGACGUUAACCUCCCGUGCCACUUCCCAUCUUCCAGCCAAUUCAAAGCCAAUGCAUUGUGGUUCAAAGAGACAAGUGUUGGUGAAAGAACAAAGCUGAAUCUUACAGAUGAGAAUAUGAAACUGGAAUUACUUUAUCCAGAUAGCCAUGAUCAGACCGUCUUACUCAGAAAGACUGCCAUGGACGAUGCUGGAUUUUACCUUUGCGAGUCUGCUGCAGGGGAGAAGCUCAGCUCUGUAUACAUUAUUGUCGAGGCUGCUCCUACCUCUGUUCCUCACUCAUGCGACGGCUUUACCUCAGCCUGGGAGCCCUGCCUGGACGAAAACAGUCGGACAGGGGAACCCAUGCUGCAGGAAUCCUUGACCGAGUUUUCUAUGAGGCUGUAUUCUUUCCUCAGAGAAUUAUAUCCUUCCACCAACCUGCUGUUUUCACCUGUCAGCAUCAGCGGAGUGCUCUCGCAUCUGUUGUUAGGUGCAAGGGACGACACCCGCAGAGCCAUUGAGUGGGCUCUGUCUGUGCCUCAUGACUUCCACUGCGUUCAUAACCAGAUGAAGAAGCUGCGAGAGAAGUUGUCCAGUUCCUUGCAAAUGGCUUCUCAGAUCUACUAUAACCCACAAAUGAAUCUGAGUGAGUCCUUUACCCACCAGUCCAUUAAAUUCUAUGAAGCGGAGCCUGUCAAGCUACUGGACACCAACGAGGCAAAUGCGCAGAUGAUCAACAGCUGGGUGGCAAAUAAGACCGGCAAUAAAAUCACACAUUUAGUCGACUCCAUAUCACCCAGUGCUCAGCUGAUCCUGCUCAAUGCCGUCUCCUUCAGUGGUCAGUGGAAGGUCAAGUUUGAUACGAAACCAAAGAAAGGACAUUUUACAAAACUGGAUGGUGAUCUGGUUAAGGUGCCUCUCCUCCAUCACCAGAAGUACAUGGUGGCCAUGAUGUACUCUGCUGAGCUGAAGGCGCAGGUGGCAAAGUUUGGUCUCACAGGCGACAGCAGUCUCUACAUCCUGCUGCCUCGCUCCAACAAAGUGACGGACCUGCAGCAGGUGGAGGAGAAGCUGACGGACACGGCGGUCCUCCAAAUGAUAGAACAGAUGAAAACAGCAGCUCCUCAGCAGAUGGAGGUCACUCUGCCCCAAAUCAAGCUGGAUGUCCAGCCAGACAUGAACCUUCUUAUCAAAAAAUUAGGACUGUCAUCACUUUUUGAGAGACCAAAUCUGUGUGGCCUCUACUCCGAGGAGGAGCUGGUCCUGGAUGAUGCCAGACACAAGGCCUUCCUGGCUCUGACCGAACAGGGAGUUGAGGCCGGUGCCGUCACCGCCAUGUCGUUUUCCCGCUCCUUUCCCACCUUCUCUGCCCUGCGGCCCUUCAUCCUGUUGCUGUGGAGCGACCAGGCCAACGUGCCACUCUUUAUUGGCAGAGUGACUGACCCAUGAGGGAGAGAAAAAAUUGGGUCUAAAAUAUUGCAAGUUUAGCAUCAUUACUGCUUCAUGUAGUCACUACGGAGGACAGUGACCCCCUACAAAAACAUAUUAACAGGCUUAAAUGAUAAAUAAACACAUAAUUGUACAACA